AUGAGGCUCGGAGCAGAGGUUGUCCGUGGCGAUCUCACGGAUGUAUCAACGCUUGCUCCAGCAAUAGGUGGAUGUUGGGGUGUCUUUGCCGUGACCGACUUCUACGAUUCCACCAUCAUCAACGAUCCGAUGAGCGAAGAACAACAAGGACGUCACCUGGCAAAAGCCGCUCUGGAUGCUGGUGUCCAGUGUUACGUUUGGAGCACAUUACCUAGCUCAGAAUCUGUCACUGGGGGUAAGAUCAUCUCCCGGAUCUAUGAAGGAAAGCAUAAAGUCGACGGAUAUAUUCGCGAAAUCGGACUUCCAGGCUGUUUUGUCUACACUGGUAAUUUCUACGAAAACAUGAUUUUACGCCAGCACAUGUCCUACGACAAGGAAAAAGACAUGCUCGUCUUCAAACAGCCAAUAAUCAAACCAGAAGCAGAACUUACCAUGUUAUAUGUUGAGAAAGACCUCUCGGCUAUUGUGAAAGCGAUAUUCGAUGCAUGGGAAAGGAAAAAGAGUGAAUUGAACGGAGCUUACUUGCAAGCCAGUCACGCGCGUAUAAGGCCCAUGGACAUCGUGGCCGCCACGAAGAAAGUCUCUGGGAAGAAUGUCGAGUAUAUGGUUCUGCCCACGACAGGUGUGCCGGAGCGGGACAAAAUGUUCAGCAUGUACAAUGAAGUGGGCAUGCAUCCAGGGGUAACGUUUCCUGAUCCUCGGGUUGUCAAUCUUGGUGUUACGUUUCACAACACCGAGGAUUUCAUUAGGGAGAAGUUGUUGCCGCACCUUGGACUGGAGCCGGCCAAGUAA